UGCUCAUCAUAACAUCACUCACAACAUGGCACCUGCUGGCGGGGGUGUUGUGCUGGCGGCUCUGUCGCUGCUGUACUUAUGCGGAGCUAUUUUAUCCAGCGAGUAUUUCUCCACCUUGACUUUUUUCAACAGCGACCUCCACAAGCACGGCUGCAGCUCUCCGGCCGAGUGGGAGGAGUAUGCGGCGGACUGCGAGUCAGCUAUCCUGCAGUUGGAGGAUCCGGACUGUGAAGAGGGGAGCAACCCGCCCUGCGAGUCCAUCUUUUCACUCAAUGCAGAGAAAAUCCUUAAUCAGGCAAAGUUGUUUGUCGAACAGCGUCGGUUUCCUUUCGCUGUGGAAAACCAAAAUACCAAUGAAGAACUUGCCAUUGGCUAUGUUCUCAUUGGAAAUGGCCUGUAUGAUGAAGCUAUCAAGCACUUCUCAUUACUGCUACAGGGAGAUCCUGAGCUGGUCAGUGCCAUCUAUGGACGGGGAAUAGCCUACGGCAAAAAGAGUCUGCAGGACAUAAAGAAUGCAGACUUGGCUCUGUAUGAGUUGAGCAGAGUUAUUGCACUGGAGCCCAGCAGACCAGAAGUAUACGAGCAGAGGGCCGAGAUUCUGUCUCCUCUGGGCCGCAUCAGUGAAGCUUUGUCUGAUCUGACUAAAGCCAUACAACUGCAGCCUUCAGCCCGACUCUACAGACACAGAGGAACACUGCUCUUCAUAUCAGAGGAUUAUAUGGCAGCCAUGGAGGAUUUCCAGCAGUCUCUAGAGCUGAAGGUGCGUGAGGAGGCUAUAGAGGUGUUUAAAGAAGCUCUCAAAUUGAAGUCAGACUUCAUAGAUGCAUAUAAAAGCUUGGGUCAGGCUUACAGGGAGUUGGGUGAUUUUGAGAAUGCUAUGGAGAGCUUCCAGAAAGCUCUGUUACUGGAUCAGAACCACAUCCAGUCUCUCCAGCUCAGAGGAAUGAUGCUGUACCAUCACGGCAGCCUGCAGGAGGCCAUUGGCAACUUUAAGUUGAGGGCGUAUAACCCGCGGGCGCUUCAGGAAGUAAAGCAGGCUCUGGAAAAUGUGAAUAAAGUGGAGGAUCUGCUGCCCAUCAUGAAGCAGUUCAACAGUAAAACCAGAGACGGCUUCACAGUCAACUCUAAAGUGCCCAGUCUGAAGGAUCCUGGGAAAGAAUACGACGGAUUCACCAUCACCAUCACCGGAGAUCGAGUGGGGAACAUGCUGUUUUCAGUAGAGACUCAGACCACAGAUGAGAGGACGCAGCAGUAUCAGUCAGAAAUUGAAGCACUCUAUAAAGAUCUCACUGCCAAAGGCAAAACACUGAUGCUCUCCACUGAACUCGGGGACGCAGAUGCUGUGUGUAAUUUAAUUCUUUCUCUGGUGUAUUACUUCUGUAACCUCAUGCCACUCUCCAGAGGCUCCAGUGUUGUGGCAUACUCUGUGGUCAUGGGAGCUCUGAUGGCCAGCGGGAAAGAGGUGCUGGGCCGAAUCCCAUCUGGAAAGCUGUUUGAUUUCGAGGCCAUGACUACAGUCAGCCCUGAUCGCUUCAGCAAGACCGUCAAGAGUUGGAUGAACUUAAAGAGUUUGCCGAGUUGGUACCAGAACCUUCCAUCGGUUUCAGAGACGUUCCAGUUAACGAGGACCAUGAUUGAAGUUCUUAACACAGACUCAUCUUCGCACUGUCCCAAGAAAUCCUGAACUUGAAAUACCAUCAAUAUAUUCAAAACACAAAGGGCCGUCUCUACUCAGGGCAUCUUUGCUCACAGUCCUCACUUUUACAUGGUUUUUACAUAUCGAAUAUCAGAACAAAUUCUCUUUGAUUUUAGCUUUUAUAUUUCCACAAAUAUGGAGAAUUGACUCUUUAUUUAAAUUUUAAAUUAAAUAUAAAUUUGGGUUGCCCUUUAUUAUGUCACUAAAGUUCAGCAAUUGCAAGCAUAAUCUGAGUUGGAAAAAAAAACUGCGGAAUAUAAUUGAAAAUCUUUAUUAAGUUAUUAUUCAUCAGUUGCUUUUCACGGACCUUUUUGGUUUUAGAAUCAAAUCGGUGACUUGUUGCGGAGAUGUCCUUUGAAGAGUUUAUUAAGCAGUAUUCUUCAGCUCCGAGUUCCUUUCUGAAUACUUGAACACAGUGGGGAAAUAUGUUUGCAGAUGUUUUUGUUUGUUUGAAAGAGAAGUUGUUAAUAUUGCCAUGUUCACUGUCCACACUGGCUUCUUUAUCAUUUUUGUUGUCUCUAUUUAAUGGCUCAACUGAAUAUUGUGCGCUCAGAUUCUGGAGGUGUUCAUGAGACCUUAAACACUGGGAACAGUUGUGCCUCAAUCUAUAGUUGAAUUAAAGCAACAAAAAAAAAGUCUUAUUUCGUAAAUCUUAUACAUCUUUGAUUUUAUUUGAUCUUCGUAAGGGUCCAAUUUAAGUAGAUUUUCAGUUUUCUUCUUCAUGUCAUGGUUGGUGCUUUUUGGCAAAGAUUUAUUUCCUUAAUUUUCCUGUGAAAAAUAAUUACGAAAAACUGUGGCGAUUUUCCAUGAGGGAAAAUAAAGGCGAGUUCUUUAACGCACAAAAAACUUGAAAGUGGAAAAUCAAUAAAAGCAGUUGAAUGAAAC